GCGCAGUCUCAUCCCCUUUCCCAACAAAUGCGUUUCGUCUCCCCCGAAGUCAAAUUUGAUUGUUUCUGCCAGACUGAAGAUGGUACCAGACUCUCCGAAACACUUGUCGGAGACGCUUGGGGCAGUCGUGCUCGAAUAAACAUUCCACCAGGUCAAGCCAUCAUGCUCUGUCUACAGAGACAUGAUACUGAAGCAUUCAACAACAACGACUAUCGAGCACUUCUCACUGAGAAAUGUCGAGAGAUGGUCAUUUUGAACUUCGAACGUUCAUCCUCCAUGAUGCAGAAUGGGUUCCACAUCCCACUCCACUUGUCCGAGAGCGAUAUAGAUGGUCCGAUCAGAGUGGAGAUAUACGAGAUGAACCAUAAGCAGGUGAAGAGAAAUAGUGAGAAACGAAGGAAGGUCGAUGUUUUAAUUUGCGAAUUCGAAUUUCAUCUCGAUAGGUCUACUAGACUCUCCUCGCCUCUAAACUCGCCUUUACAGGUCAUCCCAAAGUUAUUAUCAUCGGCAAACAACCGGUUGGUCUCAUCGACUUUCCCCACACUCCCUCUCACCGUCGAGCAGGGACGCGACAUGGAUAUGAAUAGACGAAUUCUUUCAGAAGCGAUGAAGGCGAGGAUUGUCAGCUGCUCUUGGGAUGAUCAUCAUCCUAUCCCGUUCGAGGUGGGUAUGGAGUUGAGUGAUCUAGAAGAGUUCCGCAGACAUGACAAAAGGGGUCACCUUCUUCAACUAGGCCAAGCGAGUAAAAGACGUCCGACGAGUCAACCACGACGUAGAGAACAACUCGGUUUCCGUAGACCGAAAAAUAAACCUCUAUUCAUAGCAGACUGUCCUCCCUCACCAAAGCAAUUCCAGCACUUCGUUUCCCGGAACUCGUCUAUAUCCCAGAUCGCUCACCAACCUUCGAUAUCCAUACCUUGCUCUACCGACAAGUUUGGCCAAAGGUCCAUAUCUCUCGUUUUGACCAGACCUGCAGGGGCGAGAGAAGAGACCAUCAUUCAAAUGGGAUAUCCAAAGGAGAGAUCUCUAGUCUUGAAGCUUGAUAGUAGUGAAGAUGGAGGGGAAGACUCAUCAUUUGAGUCUCGCCAUCUGAGGAUACGCGUGACAAGACUUGAAGGAGUGGUUGAUGAUCUGGCCUUGCAGACAGAGAUCAUGAAACUUCCCGCGGGACGGGGCACGGUAGAUCCGUGGAUUCGUAAAAGGAGGGUUCCUGUGGUUAAGAUAUUCGAAGCUUUAUUUCUCAAGAAAUACAAACACAGCUGUGAUGCGUCCUGGUCGAUGCCUUCUAUACAAUCACCCUCUUCUCAUAUUCGAUCAAAGACAUCAUCAUCAUCAGUCUCUAACACGACCGAGUCAAAUCCAACCAUAUCUGAUAUCACAUCUUCGGAGAUAAGAUCCAACGAAAGGGUGGUGGAUGGUCCAGUAAGGGAAUUCAGCAGGUUGACAGAGUUGAAAAGUGAACAAGAAGUGGAUGAUAAGAAAUAUUCGGGAUCUUGGUUUGAUAGAUUUAAAGAAACAAUGUCGGAUAAUCAAAUGGUGGUCAAUACUUUUAUCGCUGGUGGUUUGGCAGGUGCAACAAGUAGAACAGUCGUUAGUCCUUUUGAACGGUUGAAGAUAAUUUUACAGGUCCAAUCAUCCGGAGCGACAGGGACAGGUCAAGCUUAUACCGGCGUAUGGAAAUCAUUGGAACGUAUGUGGCGAGAAGAAGGUUUCAGGGGUUUUAUGAAAGGUAAUGGGAUAAAUGUUGUCAGAAUAUUGCCUUACUCUGCUCUACAAUUCACUUCUUAUGGCGGAUUCAAAACCCUUUUACGAUCUUGGUCUGGUCAUGAAGAUCUUUCUACUCCAUCUCGAUUAGCAGCAGGUGCUGGAGCCGGUAUGGUAGCAGUUGUCGCUACUUAUCCUUUGGAUUUGGUCAGAGCAAGAUUAUCCAUAGCGACUGCGAAUAUCGCCACAACAUCAAAUGCACAAGCGUUUACUGUCGAAGAUGCAAAAUUAGGAAUAUGGGGUAUGACGAGGAAAGUUUAUAAGACAGAAGGAGGAGUGAGAGGAUUAUAUCGAGGUUGUUGGGCUACUGCUGUUGGAGUGGCUCCUUAUGUAUCAUUGAAUUUUUACAUUUACGAGACACUAAAAACUUACAUCCUCCCACCUGAUCCUGAUCCUCAUUCAACAACCGACGACGCUCUACGAAAACUCGCUUGCGGCGGUUUGGCCGGUGCCACAUCUCUCAUCUUCACUCAUCCCUUCGAUGUACUCAGACGGAAACUUCAAGUAGCGGGAUUAUCCAGUGUUUCACCUCAAUAUAAUGGGGCAGUGGACGCUUUACGUCAGAUUAUAAAGAAUGAAGGAUUUUGGCGUGGGAUGUAUCGCGGUCUCACACCUAAUAUAAUCAAAGUAGCACCUAGCAUAGCAGUAUCUUUUUAUACUUUCGAAACUGUCCGAGAUCUAUUAGCGUGGGUACAAUCGGUAGAAGGGGAUCCGGUCGUUUGA